AACAAAAUGGCCAUCACGACUACCAUGAGCAAAUUGUUAAAUUUUUCAAGUUUUUUAUUGCAAAACACCGCCCAACUACUUCGAAAUGGAAUGACAAAUGCAGUAAAAUUGAAUCAACCAGUCAGAAAUAAUUGGACAGAUUGGAGAAUGAUGAAGGAUAACCGGCGACGAAAAUUACUCGUCCAAUACGCACCUGACCGUGUUCGCGCAAAAGCCCUAAAAAAAAAUGAUGUUUUGCCUGCUGAGAUAAUAGAGAUUGGUACCAAAAUGCUAGCUGAAAUUCCUCGAGAUGCGAGCUUAACCCGCGUACGCAAUCGCUGUGCCAUCACGUCCCGUCCAAGAGGCGUCGUCACGCGCUGGAGAUUGAGUCGAAUUGUUUGGCGUAGCUUGGCCGAUUAUAACAAACUGUCUGGAGUUCAACGAGCAAUGUGGUGAUCACGCAUGUAUUUCUAGAAAACAACCAAUAAAUUUCUCAAUAGUC